CCCAGUCCUAAUCAGCACACACUAAGCAACAGAGAAACAUUAGUGAUUAGUGAUUAUUGAGCAAUGAGCAUCAGAUUCAGUGGUGAAGAUUAAAAGAGAUGAAAUAACAUUUUAAAAAAACACAUAGCAACUACUUCUCUUGCAUUUUUGUGCCUUUGAAAAUAGUUAUUAUUCUGGAAAAAACAAUGUUGUCUUGCUGGAAGAUUACCCCUUUCUUUCCAUCAAACACAAACACAUAUAUGUGCAACAAAAGAAGGAGAUUUUGUUGCAGAGUAGAAAAUUCCCAAAAUCAAGGCCUUGUAAAUUCAAGCCAACAACCAAAAGAAAAAGAGAGCAAAAAAAGAGUUUUGGUUGUUGGGUCUGGUUGGGCUGGACUUGGUGCUGCCCAUCAUCUCAUCAAACAGGGGUUUGAUGUUACUGUUCUUGAAGGGGGUGUUGAUUCUGGGUUUUCUACCUAUACUCCUGAUGAAGUUGGUAUUCAAGGUUUCUGGCACCCAUACCGUAAUAUAUAUAGUCUUGUUGAUGAACUUGGUAUCAAGCCAUUCACAAAUUGGAUGAAAUCAGCACAAUACUCUGAGGAGGGACUAGAGGUGGAAUUUCCUGUCUUCCGAGAUGUACCUCAACUUCCAACUCCACUGGGAACCCUUACACAGACUCAAUUUACACGGUUACCUCUUGUGGAUCGUUUGACAUCACUUCCUCUUAUGGCUGCAGUGGUUGAUUUCGACAACACUGAUUUAGCAUGGACAAAAUAUGAUCCAAUUACUGCAAGAGAGCUUUUUAGACAAUUUGGAUGCUCGGAGAAGCUAUAUCGGAAUGUUCUUGAUCCAUUGCUUCAAGUGCGUUUAUAUGCACCAGCUGAGCAAAUAAGUGCAGCUGCCACUCUGUCCGUGCUCUACUACUAUGUCGUUGCUCAUCAGAAAGACUUUGAUGUGUCAUUGUGCCGCGGAAGUGUAAGGGAAAGAAUAUUUGAGCCAUGGAAGGAUUUGUUAAGAAGCAACGGGUGUGAAUUUCGUAGAGGCAGAGGAGUUACAGAUUUCUUUUUUAGUGAAGAAACAGGUUGCAUUUCAGAAGUACUUUGCGGAAAUGACAGAAUAAAGGCUGAUGCAGUGAUCCUGGCUGUCGGUAUCUCUAACCUUCAGGGAAUCAUACAAAGAAGUUCAGCAUUAUGUAUGAGGGAGGAUUUCCUGAAAGUCUUGAACUUGGCUUCCGUUGAUGCACUUUCGGUUAAGCUUCGUCUUGAUCAAAAGAUUAACAUUCCGAAAGCAUGCAACGCUUGCUCGGGAUUUGAUGCAUCAAAUGGGUGGACGUUCUUUGACUUGAAUGCUAUCUACGAGGAGCAUGAAAAUGAUGAAGAGACAAUCUUACAGGCCGACUUUUAUCAUGCAAAUGAGUUCUUGCCCCUCUCUGACGAACAAAUCUGUGCAAAAGCCAUGUCUUACCUUUCAAAAUGUAUUAAAGAACUUGCAGAUGCUCGAAUUAUUGACAAAGAGAUAACAAGAUGUCCAAACUCCUUAACUCACUUUUUCCCAGGGUCUUAUAAGUACUCAAUGCGCGGGUCAACUUCUUUCCCGAAUAUGUUCAUGGCAGGAGAUUGGAUAAUAACCAGACAUGGUUCAUGGUCACAGGAAAAAUCAUAUGUGACAGGACUUGAAGCUGCAAACAGAGUGGUGGAUUACUUAGGGACAGGAACUUUUGCAAAAAUUAUUCCUGUUGAGGAUGAUGAACCCCAUAUAGAAGCACUUCGUAACUUUAACAGAAGUUUUAAGGAGUUCAGAGCUCAGCUUCCUUGGUCUAGUUAUUUUCUUCAGUGAGCGAAUUACGCAUUACAGAAAAUCUAGCUACUAUACCUUAUACCCAUACCAUACCUUUUAAUGAAAUUUCUGUCACAUAUUGUAGCAUAUGCCCUCCUGUUAUACAGGAUUAUACCUAUAAUUGAUAAUUUUGUAAAUGUGUUAAUCAUUUUAUAGAAAUGGAACAGAUAUUGUCACUCAA